AUGGCAAACGCAGCAGAAAGAAAGACACUAUGCUCAAUAUGUGAAAAAGCAGCUGGCAUAUUUACUUGUCGUGGAUGUCAAAAAGAUUUUUGUUAUCGUCAUGUAGCUGAACAUCGACAAGAACUUAAUAAACAAAUGGAUGAACUCACUACUAAUCAUGAUCAAUUACAACAAACAAUUGUCGAACAAGAAGCACAACCAAAUUGUCAUCCUCUUAUACAAAAGAUCAAUGAAUGGGAACAAGAAUCAAUUAAUAAAAUUCAUCGAGCAGCUGAUGAUGCUCGUAAACAAGUUAUAACUAUUCUUGAAAUGCAUAGAACACAAGUAAUACAUGAUUUGACAUGUCUUACAGAAAAGUUAAGCGAAGCUCAUAAGGCAGAUGAUUAUGUUGAAACAGAUUUGAAAGAAUGGAUGGAAAAACUUGACAAAUUAAAAGUUGAUUUGAAUGCAUUUCAAACGAUCGAUUUCAGUGAAGACAAUAAUAAAAAUGCAUUGGUUUCAAAAAUUUUUAUCAAUGAUGCAUCAACUGACAUGUUUCAUCAAACCGUGGGCGAUAUUCAAAUUAUUGAAGAUGGAAAGGUUGCAGUGCAUCUUCUAACAAAUGGCCAUGCUGCAGUACGAUGUAGAGGGGAAUAUUCAUUGGGAAAACAUCGAUUUCAUUUUAAAAUUGAAGGAUUGAAUAAUCCUCAUAGUUUUUCUUGUGGUAUCGUAUCAAAAAAUACACCUACGGAUUCAAUUUACAUGACAUCGGUUAAUAAUAAUAUGUAUGGAUGUGGCAUUAGCCUUGUAACUCAGAAAUAUCUCAAUCAUAACGUCCUUGUUUGCUUUACCGGACAAAAUCAUUAUUUUCAAACAAAUGUAACAUACGAAUUUCUAGUUGAUUGUGAUGAACAAAUAAUACGUUUAACAGAAGGACAAUCAGGCAACACAAGGGAACUCAAAGUUAACUUAACUACUUGUUCAUUGCCUUGGCAGGUUUUUAUCGGAUUGUUCAGUGCCAAUGAUUGUGUUCGUCUCUGCUAA